AUGAACUUCAAGCCAUGGCUUGCACUCCUCAUUCUAGCCACCAUGGCCUUGGCCAUGGCGGCGGAAGCCUCCAAAGUUCAUGAUUUCGGGUAUUAUGGCGUUGUGGGCGAUGUCAUAGGAGAGGACAAUGAAAUGUUGUUGGACUCUGAGGCGAGUCGUCGAACACUUAGAGGGCGUCGAGGAUACAUUAGCUACGGAGCUUUGAAAGCCGGUCAAGUGCCAUGUGGAAGGCGUGGACGUUCCUACUACAAUUGCCAACAAAGGGGUAGGGCCAACCCUUACCGUCGUGGUUGCACUGCCGCGACACACUGCGCCAGAAACCUUAAUAAUUAA